CCUCAUCAUCACAAGACUUUAGUCAAAGACACAAACCGUUAGUACGACAGCUAUGGAUAGUGCUAGGACCGAAAAAUUGAGGGAGAUCCGGAAGUUGGCGUCUGGUCAUAUCCUUGAUUGCACGUUCAUCUCGGAGGACCAGGAUGCUGUGAAGGCUGUAAUAGAACAUCCGGGCAUGAACUCCGGCGACUAUGAUAUCAACGGUCAACCUAAACUUUGGCAGAUGAUGAGGCUAAUGGGGACAGCUAGAUUCUUCGCUCAUUCCCACCCUCUGGACUCCUCUGGUAGAACAUUCCGGGAUUUUUCUAAAAUGACAAGUGAUAGGAUGACAUUUAUGAUAUCGUCAGAAAUUAUUUUCUACAAAGACCUUUACGAUUUUUCUAUUAAAAAGGCCCCUCUCCGAAUGCAUGUAAUUGGUGGAUACAUUGGCAACUCGUCGUUAAACUCAAUCACAAAAAUGUUUGAUUCUACAGAAAAAGUUUUGCUGUCUUCAAGCGUAACACAGGUCGUAAGCAUCGAUAAAUCCUCACGAAGACCGAAACCACUUCCGGACUGGUGGCGGGAAAAAUAUGCAGAAUCAGCAAAAGAAUAUGUGUCUCUGACAUUUAACAAAAUGGCGCGGCCAGCUGAAGCUAGUUCCUAUGAGUGUCGCGUGGCCUGGAGUGAUACGGACUCCUAUUGUCACACAAACUGGGCUUCAUACGCUAGGUAUGUUGUAGACGCCGCCCAUCACUCCUCGCGUAAAGGCGACCUGAAACAUUUCGAUGAGAAUUUGAUCAGAGGUCUACACAGAAUUGAACUCCACUACUGUGGGGAGAGUUUUGUGGACGAUACUCUCACUGUGUAUUCCUGGGAGGACCAAAACAAUUCGAACAACCUCUACUUCGAUUUAUGUAAAGAUGAUAAAUCUAUAUUUCAGUGUAAGUUUUAUUUUUUUGAGAGUUAGAAUUCAGUGACUUGAAUAACAUCACUUAGAUUCAUCUUGUCGAACCAGGGACGUAUAUGUCUGUCAUAUACGUCCCUGGUCGAACGAAAGUCCAAGUCAUAGAAGUGGCGUGAUAUGAGACCUGUUAA